AUGAACCUGUGCACAGUUGGUGUAAAUUGCAGCAUCUCAACUUUGAAACCAUCUUUUCCUUCUUCUUCAUGUUUUCCCCGCGCAUUUCCACUCCUUUCUCCUCCUUCCUCACUCUGCUUCUCUGGCUUGUCAGAGACUAUGGAUUGUGGUGGUGGUGGUGAUCCAUACGUGUUUACAUUGCACCGUUGCAAAACCAUUCACCUGGUCAGGCAUGGACAGGGGAUCCACAAUGUGGAGGGAGAUAAGAACUAUGAUGCAUACAUGAAAUCUGAAUAUUUUGAUGCGCAUAUUACGCCGUUAGGCUGGCAAGAGGUUAACAAUUUGCGUAAGCAUGUUCAUGAUUCUGGGAUUAUGAAGAGGAUUGAUCUAGUCAUAGUAUCUCCUUUAUUGAGGACUCUACAAACCGCUGUUGGAGUGUUUGGAGGCGAGGGCUACACAGACAGCACAGAUGCGCUACCUCUUAUGGUGGAAAAUGCAGGAAAUAGCAGUUGUGCUGCAAUUUCUAGUCUGAAUUGCCCUUCAAUUGUUGCUGUUGAACUCUGUCGGGAACGUUUGAUUGAGAGUAAUGAGGAUACUUGGUGGAAGACCGAUGUCAGAGAGACACAGGAAGAACUUGCAGCCAGAGGGCUGAAGUUCAUGAACUGGUUGGGGUCAAGAAAAGAGAAGGAGAUAGCAAUUGUGACGCAUAGAGCAUUUUUGUUUCAUACUCUAAGUGCAUUUGGAAAUUACAGCCAUCUCUUGGAGAAGGAAAAAUUAUCAAAGCCCUACUCUUCGUUUUUUAACAGUGGCGGAAAUAAUCGACUGGUUAUUCUUUGCAGCUUUGCCAACUGUGAGCUUCGCUCCGUGGUCAUUGUUGAUCAUCAAGUGACCUUCAGGAUGGACCUCUCGGCUAGUGAUGUUGCGCAUGAAAACGCUGAAAAAUGGUUCUGUAGAAAUUUUCAUCGUGACUCGGCAAAUGCAGAAUAA